AUGGGAAUGGAUAAUACACUAACCAUAUUUGGAAGAUUUAGUGGAAAUCCAGACUUAGGAUAUACCAUGCAACAACCUGAUUAUGAUUCAGCAGCAGACUUGCCAAAAGCAUACUGGAACAUGGAAUUCUUCAAAAGAAUAAAAUCA